AUGGUCCGCGGGUCAGACAUCCUCAUCGCGCUCAUCAUCAUCCUCUUCCCGCCUGCGGGCGUGGCGAUCCUCACGGGCUGCAGCUGCGACCUGUUGAUCGCGAUUGGGCUGACGAUUCUGGGCUACCUCCCCGGCCACCUGUACGGCUUCUACAUCCUCUGGAAGAAGAUGCGCGCGGAAGAGCUGUACGGAGACCACGGAUACGUGUACCUCGGCAACGGCGAGUUUGUGCCCCGCGACGAGCUGCCGCCGCAGCUCCAGCAGCCAUACUACGGCUCGACGGCGGCCUAG